CCUAGGUUGAGAUAUGCAGUUGAGUUCGUGUUCCCCAGCACUUCCCGCCAAAAGCUCAGUGGCCGACGUGUGAAGACGCGCUGGUCCUGAACAAGAGGUGGCAAUUGCACCAUAGAACGGCGAAAUGGAAUCUCUUACCACGGGGGCGAUUGCUAAUAUUGUGGAUGGGGGACAUCCAGAAAAACCUGUUGUCCAGAUUUUGACAAUGAAGCGGAUUCCCAAUAGUUCUCAAGAGCGGUGGCGUCUCCUCCUCUCUGAUGGGAAAUGGUCCAACAGUUUUGCUAUGUUGGCCACACAGCUGAACCCAAAAGUAGACUCGGGCGACAUCACAAACAACUCCAUUAUCCGUAUGGACAGAUAUGUGUGCAACACUGUUCAGGAGAAUAAGAAGGUAUUGAUUAUCCUUGAUCUCAGUGUGAUCAUGACAGGUGCAGAAGUUGGAAAGAAAAUAGGCACUCCUGUCACCUAUGAUUCCAGUAAGAUUGCUGCACAACAACAGGAACAACCACAGCAACAGUACAAAGCUCCAGCAUCCAAAGUUGCACCAAACAUGUCAUCUGCAGGGGGAAAUGUGGCACGCAUUCCUCUUGCCCAGCACAAUGCACCUGCCAAGGGACCAUGUGUGACAAAGACUCCAUCAGGUGGCAAUGUUCAUCCUAUUGAAUCCCUCACUCCAUACCAAAAUAGGUGGACAAUCUGUGCUCGUGUCACCAACAAGUCCGGCAUCCGUACAUGGUCUAACUCAAGGGGAGAAGGAAAGCUCUUUUCAAUGGAUCUUCUGGAUGAGACAGGAGAGAUUCGGGCCACUGCCUUCAAUAAUGAAGUGGACAAAUUUUAUGAUAUGAUAGAGGUUGAUAAAGUGUACUUCAUCUCCUCUGCCACCCUCAAGACUGCCAAUAAACAGUAUUCCAACCUCAACAAUGAAUAUGAAAUGUCAUUCAAUAGGACAACUGAGGUCACACCAUGUCAUGAACAAACUGCCAUCCCAACAAUGCAGUUCAACUUUGUGUCCCUAGAUCAGCUGGAAUCUCUCCAAAAGGAUGCCAUCUUGGAUGUCAUUGGGGUUUGUAAGGAGACACAUGAUCUGUCUCAUGUCAUCAUGAAAUCAACAGGCAAGGAGCUAACUAAACGGGAUAUUCAAAUAGUGGAUACUACUGCAAGAGAGGUUCGCCUUACAUUAUGGGGAACUCAAGCAGAGACAUUUGAUGGAUCACAGCAACCAGUUGUGGCAGUGAAAGGAGCCAAGCUGUCAGACUUCAAUGGAUGCUCCCUGUCCGUUCUCAGUUCAUCCUGCUUACAGAUAAACCCUGACAUUCAAGAGGCUCACAUGUUGAAGGGAUGGUUCGAUAAUGGUGGCAACGUAGCAGAGACUGUCAACCUUUCAGGAAAAGGUGGUCUAGCUGGCAGUGUUGGAGGUACCUUCAAGCUAAUUGCUGAAGCAAAGCAGAACACAGGAACUGACCAACCAGAAUAUUGCUGUGCCAAAGGAUGUAUUGUGAUGGUUCGAAAAGAAAACAGUAUGUACACAGCCUGUCCCAGGGAUGGAUGCAAUAAGAAGGUUGUGGAUCAGGGCAACGGGAUGUAUAGAUGUGAAAAAUGUGACCAGACAUAUGACACAUUUCAGUGGCGCAUUAUGCUUCAGGCAUGUGUGGCUGACAUUUCAGACAGCCAGUGGAUCAGCAUAUUCCAGGAUCAGGCAGAGCAACUGCUUAAUACAAAUGCAAAUGAGCUGGGUGCCUUGAGAGAAACAAACAAAGAUGACUUUGAGAAAAUAAUGGAUGGCAUCCUUUUCAAGAACUACAACUUCAAAUUGAGGUGCAAAAUAGAGACAUACAAUGGAGAAAACAGAUGGAAAGCUUCAGUCAUGAAUCUCAAUCCUGUGGAUCCCCAAGAGCACAGCCAGCGAUUGAUCACAGAGAUCAAACAGUUAACUGGGCAAGCCUGAGGAUCAAAGAGAUCAAACAGUUAAAGGGCAAGCCUAAGCACACAUUUAUGCUUUACUUUGUGAUUACUUACACCUACCUUUUUAAGCAUUGGAUACAAAGAAUGUUCUGAAUAAUUUACUUUGGAAUUUUCUUCUUUCAUGUCAUUGUAGUAAUAUCUAUUUUUUAUUUAUUAAUUUAUUUAUUAUUUUGUUUUUAUUAGUUUGCAGUCCAGUAAAUCAACUGUCACAAAAAACAAAAUUUAUCUUCAAAUAAAGAAAAUUUGUAUCAAAACUUCUCUUACCUACAUUAUUUUCUUGUAACACAUAUAUGAAAUAAAACACAUUCAUGCUAUUAUAUAUACAAGAAAAUAUUUUUCUUAAAUAACAAAGUAAUCUUGUAUGGCAUGCAGGGAAUACAGACAUUGUAAAUCCCCAUGUUAUGCAGAUGUGGAUCAGAAGUCUGAUUAAGAAGUAAAGCAUGCUUUGCCACAAUCAGCAGGUUUAGAUAGCAAGUGAGGAACAGUCCUCAUUUCCUGAAUCUGUCCUUGUCUCUCUCGUUAAUCAAGAGGUCACUAAGAAUUUCUGAGAUGGUCAGCAAUCAUGUAUAUGGGACCACAAUUAUAAUUAUACUGGGUCUCCUUCAUGACUGCUUGAUAUACUUAUAAAGCCUUCUUUAGGUGAUAUCAUCCUCAUGAUAAGUUAUGUGGUGAUUUUGGUCAUAUUUGUUUAAUCAGUCACUGAGCAUUAUAACAGCCUUACUACAAACUGCCCUUUAUCAGUUAGAUUAACACUGAUGACCCCUGGUUUUUAUGUAAUGUUUGUGGUUUUCUAAAACUUGAUUCCUAUUGUUUACUGAAGGGAAACGAGUUGGAGGAAAAUGAUGAAUAAUUGGAUUGAUUGGUGUCCUUUAGAUGUACAUGUUUUAAUGUAAUAUGAAGUAAUGCUUUCACAGCAACUUGCAGAAGCAUUAACUUAAAAAGAAGAAUGGUUAUAUUUUUUGUUCCAUUAUUACUAUUUUGUUUUAUUAUUAUACAUUGGAUUUAGGGGCAAGAUGAUUGCUUGGGAAAUACAUCAUACUGUACCACAUUAUUACUCGGGUUAUAUUCAAAUAAAUUGUUCAGUAAAUUCAUAAAAAUUUUGUGUGAAAUAAUAGUAGUUUUACAUACUAUGUUUUGUCUUUAAACAUGAAAAUAUAUAUUUGGUUCAAA